AUGUCAUUUCACUGGCCUGCUUGUUCACGUAUAGCAGUCCUUGUAAUCUUCAGUGUAGUACUAGCAGAUUGUCAAUUCUAUAGACAAGUUGGCCCCAAAAAAAUAGCUUAUAACACGAUCACUGUAGAUCCAUCAGGCAGGGGAAAUUUCUCCAAAAUUCAAUCUGCCAUUGACUCUAUUCCUUCAUACAACAUGUAUUGGACUACUAUCAAAAUCAAAGCAGGCGUUUAUAGGGAGAAGAUCAAGAUCCCAUAUGAUAAGCCAUAUAUAAUUCUCAAAGGAAAGGGAAAGAGGAGAACACAAAUUGUUUGGGAUGAUCAUGAUUCACUUGAACAAAGUCCUACAUUCAACUCAUUAGCAGAUAACAUCAUUGUCAAAAGCAUGACCUUCAUAAAUUCGUACAAUUUCCCGGUUAACAACAAUCAUCCCAGGACACCAGCAGUGGCGGCUAAGAUAUCCGGUGAUAAAUCAACAUUUUUCCGAUGCGGUUUCUAUGGUUUGCAAGACACUUUAUGGGAUGAUCAUGGAAGACAUUACUAUAAGCGUUGCACCAUCCAAGGUGCUGUUGAUUUCAUCUUUGGUGGUGGACAGUCUCUUUUUGAGAAUUGUGCUAUAGCAGUGCUUGGAGGAGCUCUUGAACCAGGACUUGCAGGUUUCAUAACAGCACAAGGAAGAACAAGUCCUAGUGAAUCAAAUGGGUUUGUGUUCAAGGAAUGUAAUGUGUUUGGUACUGGUUCAACUUUCCUGGGAAGACCAUGGAGGGAAUUUUCUAGGGUUUUGUUUUAUAACUCAAGCUUAUCAAACGUCAUUGUUCCCCAAGGUUGGAAUGCUUGGGAUUCUGCUGGCCAAGAGGAUAAAUUAACCUUUGCUGAGCAUGGCUGCUAUGGAGAAGGAUCAGAAACUUCUAAGCGUGUGAGUUGGGAGAAGCAACUGAGUGAAGAGACUCUGAAGCACUUAAUAGGCUUGCGUUACAUCAACAGUGAUGGUUGGCUUCAUCAGCUUCCUAGUUAAUUCCGUAUCAUCAGCAUUUUCUCUAGUAUUUUACUCAUCCCAAGUUUUCACUAUCAUAAUUGUUAUAUAUUUUGCAGUAGAAGUUUUAUUACGUUGUUUGAUUUACUAGAUAUUUUGUAAUUUAUAUGCCCAAAUAAGGAAAAGGCAGAAAAACUUGCCCAUAAUAAAUUUCCAAACUAGUAAUGCGUGUUCAUGUAAAAAUCUUUAUGCUACAUUGUUG